AUGGAACAAACUGUUACUAAUUCCCCCCCCCCCCGUUUUUGCCACUAUGUAACUAUUGUUCAUAAAAAUUCCCCCCCCCCCCCCCCCCCCCCCCCAUCCAAAAAAAUCAAUCUGAAACUGAAAGAGUUAGCACAUCUACAAGACAGAAUAGCACUUCCCUCAGACCCCGUUGUCGUGA